AUGGGCGGCGCGACCACAGCCCCGGCAAACGGCGAUUCACGAACCCCUCCGACCGUGCCGGCCGCAUGCCUUGGAUGUCGGGCCAAACAUCUCAAAUGCGAUGGGUUGAACCCGUGCUCGCGCUGCUUGGCUUCGGGUGACACGGUUUGCCAAUACGUGGCUUCACGCCGCGGGUACAAAGGCCCAAGGAGGAAUACAGCUCAAAAUCCAAACAAGCGACAUGCCUCUGAUUCGCCGUCCUCGGGCGGCGAGACCUGUCCGAUGCUUCUUGGCGCUACAUUGCCUACCACGUCAAUGGCCACCACUAUGACCACACCAGUCACUCCGUCUCUAGCUACCUUCAAUCCCAUGGGCAUGUUUGAGUCAGCAGCAGCCAGUCCCUUCGCCUCAGGACCUCUGGGGGGUAUGCAGCUGUACAGAAACCCCUACCUCAAUCCAAUGAAUGGCGCACUUGUCGAGGUAACUGCCAACAGACCUCCACAGACCAUCCCAGAGCGCUGUAUUGAUUCAUUUUACUCCCACUUCUAUGCGGGCCAUCCGGCCGUUCUGCCCAAAGAACAUCUUCUGAAAAUGGCGAAAGACAGAAAUCUCGACCACCUGUUUGCGGCAAUGAGGUGGGCCGGUUCGCUGUAUUUUGAGGUCGGUCCAUUGCGUGCCACCUUCUUCGAUGAAGCCAUGCGGCUCUGCUAUGACGAAGACACGCCCAAAGAUGGCUUCCUUGUACAAGCUCUUGUGAUAUUGAUCAUAUGUCUUGACGGAUGUGCCGAAAACGAGAAGGCCCGUGACAUAUUGUCCGAUGUCGAACGAAUCGCCAUCGAGAUUGGGCUGUAUCAACGACCGUAUGCCACUCUCCACGGACGAAGUAACCCAACGCUGGAAGAGAGCUGGCGUCGGACAUGGUGGGAUCUGUUUGUGGUGGACGGAAUGGUUGCUGGCGUUCACAGGGCCACCAACUUCCUCCUUUUCGACAUUGUGGCUGACGUGGGUUUGCCUUGCGAGGAGUUCGAGUACACUUCUGGGCAAAUACCUCGUCCAAUGUAUCUGGAAGACUUUGAAGACCAGAUAUUUACUGGCAAUGACAGGCCGUUUUCGUCAUUCGCAUACCGGAUCGCAUCCAUCAGGAACCUUGGCCGCAUGAUGCGGCUUCCUGAAAGCGUUUUUCCUGGCGAUGACAAUGUUGAUAGGAUCGAAUCGCUCCUGUCCAAUUGGCGGUUGCAUCUUCCGGAAUCCAAACGUGACUGCUUGAACAAGGAUUGCCAGCUGGACGAAAUGAUGUUCCAAGCACACAUGAUCAACCAUGCAUGCUCCAUCAUUCUGCACCAGCCUCACUCGCAACUCGACUCUUCGCCAGCUCGGGAUGUGACGGCUUGCGCGCCUCACCAGGCCGUCCAGUCGGGUGAGCACUUCAAUGCUCACACGCGACACAUCAUUACGGCCGCUUCAGCAAUAAGCAAGAUGGUGACCUACAACGUGCCCAUUACCUGCCAUACCCAUUUUUUCACCUGCGUUCUCACCCUCUCGUCCGUCGUCCACCUGAGCAAGUGGGCCUUAAUCAUCGUGCAGAACGAUGCAGACCUGAAGGAGAAGAUUCGUCUCAACAUCGGCGCCCUCAACAAACUUAGCAACGUCUGGAAGGCGGCGGGUCGUGCUGGCAGUCAGGUGAAGGGCGUUGCGUCCGAGAUUUACCACGUCAAGAAGGCGCAGCAGAAUAAUUCGUCGCUUUGGGUUGGGUACACCCAGGAGGAGAUCAUCAGCUCCAUGGCGUCGGAUGAGAGUAUCAUGAGUGAUAUCAACAGCAUGCUCAACUGA